AUGUACUCGUCCAAGUCUUGCGUGCGGCAAGACGAGGGCGAGACAGUGCAGGAGUGUGGGGAAGAAGCCAAGGCCGUGCAAGGUUACUGUGAGGUGAUCCGCCGCCAGGUGCCCGUCCUCACCAAGGCGGAGCUGCACGGCCUGGGCGGCGGACUCCUCCUGGGUGUGGGCGGCUUUGGCUCCGUGAGGCUGGUGGGGCAAGAGAAUGGCGCCCCGGCGGUGGUGAAGGAGCUGCUGCAAGCCGACCAGCUGCUGCCGGUGCUGAAGGAGGCUACUUUUCUGCUGCAGCUCGGUGGAGCAGGCGGGGCGCCUCGGCUUCUAGGCGUGUGCCAGGCGCCCCCCGCCCUGGUGCAGGAGUUCGUGGGGCAGACGUACGACACGUACCUGGAGGUGUGUUCCGUGAAGGGGUUCCUGGAGUCACUGCAGGCCGUGUGCCAGUGUCUGGAGGAAGUGCACGCCAAAGGCAUCGUGCACAACGACUUGAAGUGGAACAACAUCACCUUCAGUGGCUCAGUGAACGCGCCCCGCUUCCACAUCAUCGACUUUGGGUGGGCUUCCUCCAGCGGCAGCGUGGUGGUGGAGAAGGAGGAAGGCCAGAGUGACGAGGACAGCUUCACUGAGGCCUCACACUCCCGGCAAGCCCCCUGGAUGGCGCCUGAGGUGUUUGGAGGAGGGCGUGUGUUCCCCUCAGGCGACGUGUACAGCCUCGGCUUCCUGAUGGGCUGCCUGAUGGACAGGUGCCCUCACGACUUCUUGACAGGUCCCCUCAGGAGUCUGUCACGCUCGUGCACUGCGCGGGACGCGAGCCGCCGCCCCUCCCUCGCCCGCGUGGCUCACUGCCUCGCUAUCCUUGCCAGCAUCCUCACCCCUCACCAGCUGGAUCAGUACUUUGAGGAGGCCGAGGAGGAGGAGGAGGAAGAGGGAAAGAAGAAGAAAGAGGUUGGUGAAGAUGAUGAUGCACAUUCAGAUGAUGAAGAAGAAGACGAGGUCGAUGAUAAAGCGUCAGAAGAGGAUGAAGGGGAGAAAGACGAUGAAGAUGAUGACAUGAUGACGAAAGACAAAAUGAAGGUUGAAAAGUGCGAGGAGUUUGAUAAUGUAGAGUUGGAAUCAGAAGAAGAAGAAGAGGAUGAGAGAGGAAAUAAGGGAGAAUGUGUAGAGUCAGAAGAAGAGAAUAAAAAAGAAGGCAAUGGAAAUGAUAAAAUUUUGACAGAAGAGAAGCAAAAGAAGAAAGAAGACGGUGAGGAACACGAUAUACAGUCAGAAGAGGAAGAGAGAGAUAAAGGUGAUGGAGAAGAGGAGGAUGAAGGAGAUGAGAUAGAAGAGAAACAUGAAGGAGAUGAUAGAGAAGACAAACAUAUAGAUGAUAGAGAAGAGAAACAUGGAGAUGACAGUGAAGAGAAACAUCUAGAUGAUAGGGAAGAGAAACCUGAAGGAAAUGAAAGAGAAGAGAAACAUGAAGGAGAUAGAGGAGAGAAAGAUUCAGAUGUCAUAGAUGAAAAGGAAGAAGGAGGAGAUGAUAUAGAAGAGGAAGAUAAUGGAGAUGAUAUAGAAGAAGAAGAUGACGAAGGCUGA